UAGAAGAUGGCCGUGAUUCAUUGAAACAUAUGGGACUGUGAGCGUGUCUUCUAUCGAAAUGUUGGCAGGACAGUCUCGUGUUGUGUCACAUCUCUCCUCCUUCCAUCCUGCCUUCCCUCUCUGAGUCGCUCGCUGCUCUCCGCCCUUCGCAGUUCUGGCAGAGCGGAGCGCGCGGUGUGCGUCUGGACAUGUCACGCUGCUUUACGCACAAGACCUUCUACACGAGAGACAUUAAAGAGACGCGCACUGUGUAAACGGACUUGCAGAAAGUUGAUUGUUUUCCCGGAACAGCGGCUCUCGGCGCGGCGGUGGCGCGGAUGAGGCUCCCAUCUCGCCGCGUCUUCGUCCGGACAACUUGUCUUCUUUCCUCGGUACACGAAGCGGAAUGGAAACAGUCUAAAAAGAGAGCAGCGUGGGAACUUUAAAGCGCUUGACUUUUUGGAAAUCAUCGAAUGAGAGAGCAUGAUCCCUCCAGCAAACAUGCUCCAGGACGAAAGUGGGGGCAAAGAGGGCGACCGCGAGCAUGAAGAGAGUCCAAAAUCACCCACCGCCAGCCAACAAGAGACUAAGGCUGAUCCAGUCUCACAAGGACAGAUGAGCCCUUCAUCUUGUGACGUGAAAGCUCUUGGCUCCCCUACAGCACUGCAGAGACUAAAGCGCUCACUGUCCUUCAAAACCAAGAGCAUCCGCAGUAAAAGUGCGGACAACUUCUUCCGUAGCAGCAAUGAGAACAAGACGGAGCUCCUGUCUGACGUGAGCAGCAGCACCGGGCACCUGUGUAACAUCGGCAUGGCCCCACCUGCCAUCCCCUCCGCCCCGCCGGCCAUCCCCUCCGCCCCCCCGCCCACCUCACGCCCACAGGCCCGCAACCCCCUGCACGACUCGGCCGGACACUGCUUCAUGGAGCACAUCUUCAAGAAGCCCACCUUCUGUGACGUCUGCAACCACAUGAUCGUAGGUACCACAGCCAAACAUGUGGUGUUUUUGGCGGGAAACACGGCGAAGCAUGGCCUGCGCUGCAAAGCCUGCAAGAUGAGCCUCCACCACAAGUGUGAGAACGGAGUGGGACAACAGCGCUGCAUGGGCAAACUGCCAAAAGGAUUCCGGAGGUAUUACAGCUCUCCACUGCUGAUCCAGGAACAGUACGGAUGCAUCAAGGAAGUCAUGCCCAUUGCCUGUGGGAAUAAGGUGGACCCUGUGUACGAGGCGCUGAGAUUCGGCACUUCUCUGGCUCAGAAGGCCAAGAGGGCGAGCGGCUCAGAGACACCUCACCACAACUCGCUGAGUGACUUGGACAAUGUUCCAGAGGAGGUGGUGGCACACAGCAGUAAGCAGGAGCUGUGCAGGAAACACAGUGAUGAUGUUUUCACAGUUCUGGAGAACGGAAUGGAGCACUACCUCCCCCCUGAGAGAGGAUACGACAAUUCAGUGAUGGAGCCCACUCAGCUUCACAGAGACGUCCUAAAGCUGGACACAUAUGUGGCCUUGUACAGUUACACCGCCCAGGAGAGCCACGACCUGGACGUCCAAGCUGGGGACAGAAUUCUAUUGGCUGAUGACUCCAAUGAUGACUGGUGGAAAGGGGUGAUCGAGGACAGGAUCGGAUAUUUCCCAGCAGCCUUUGCUCAUCAGGUGCGGGGCGGAGACCAGGUGUACAGGUGUAACAGGACUUUCAUUGGCUGUAAAGAGCAAGGCCAGAUCACCCUGAAGGAAGGACAGAUCUGUGUGAGCAGUGAACCAGAGCACAGCGGCUUCAUCCGAGUGGCGAGUGGCAAAAGGAGAGGCUACGUCCCCUGUGAUGUUCUGGAGAUCAUUUGAGAAAAAACCCACCCCUCACCAUAAGGACUGCUCCUGCUCCUGAAGUGGCUCUAGAUAGAACUGACUUUUUCAAAUCUCACUUUGUUUAAGAAGAUGAGAUGAUUGUGAAUGGCUGGCAGUACUCAAAAUGGCACCUUUAAACAGGAAUCUAAACCCAUGAAUAUAGCUGUAUAUUUAUUGAGACAUUCUUUUGGGUAUGUUUGUCUCACUUUGUUUAAGAAGAUGAGAUGAUUUACUGUCUUGGAGGGUAUCCACUACAACCACAUUACGUCUAUAAAUACAAAUAAUCCAAAAUCUGAGUAAAAAGAUGGUAUCUCUGGACAAGGGAGUAGAUUUGGUCUCAGUAUUGGUGGGGACAUUAUCAGCUAACCUCCAUAUGUUUUAUGAAUUCUUUCCAAAAACACACAGAGUCUGGGCAGGUCCAAAAUAAGUGAGAGGUGGUUUCAUUUUUCAGUUCGCAAAAUGUACAGUUUGUGUCCAUUGCCCUUCUAAGAUGAUUCUUUAGCAGAUAACAGUGAUGUAGAAGUUUGUAGCAGAUUUCCCUUUGCUUGUUGGUGAUGAGAUAUUUGUGAGGUCAUGUCCGUACAUUUUUCCAUGGAAUAUUGUCAGUAGAGUCUGGCUGAUCUUGGUGCACAAGUAGGCGAUAAUCGCUCUUUUUUCUCAGUGGCACAUUAUAAGGCAAGUUUAAUUGAAAAUGAAGCCAAGUAAGUUCCUUUUGAAAAGUUUUUCAUAGUUGCAGCGUCUUCACUCACGUCUGCUCAAGCCACCAUUUUCGGGUGCUGGCCCUGUCUUGCUGCUUCCCCAGUUUAGGCUCCUGGCUCCACUAAUGACAUCACUCUGUUGCAGCCAAUGAAACAGCAGCAGAGGUAACCCUGUCAUCAUAUCACUGAAUACAUCUCAGAACAUCUAAUAAACUAAAUGUGAACUAAAACGUGUUAAAUUAAUACUACUGAGUCUGGAAAAAUAUCAGAAUAAAUUAAUAUUUUUGUUUAUUUAAAUAAAAUGGCAAAUAUUGGUAGGGACUAUUUUGUCUUUUCCAAAUAUUGGUUGUGACAUGUCCCCACCGUCCCUAAACCUACGCCCUUGUCUGUGGAUAUUGGAAAAUUAGCACUGUUUUCAUAGUAAUUAACAAUAAAAUAUAUAUAUAUAUCUUUUGAUCUGCAGUAGACUGAAGCCCAUUAAAAUAGUUGGGUGCUUUAUUGAGAUGAGACUUAGGAAGAAUUGUUUGUAGUUCAGCUGGAUAAAUAUACUGAAGUAAUUCACCAUACUAAUAAUAUAAUUCGAGAAGUAUUUGAUAAAUACUGGUGUAGAUAAAUACACAGCCCAACAGGACAGUUUAUUGAUAGUGCAUUUUUAGCAAACUGUUUUAUGUAUUUGUUAAGAUUUAUAAAUAUUACUUUUACAUUGCCCUUUUCAUUUCAUUAUUAGAUUCUGCUAGGCAAUGCAUUUACAAUUAAUGUUUAUUUCUCAUCUUUACAAUGUUGAUCAUUGGUGAUCAUUUUGACAGUCACAAAUAGUUUGGUUAAUGAUUUGGUUGAUUUGAGAGAAGACAGCUGGAUAUAAGGUGAGGUAGAACAGCUUAAGUAACAUAUUGAUUUAAAAUGUCAUAACCUCGAACGGAACGAAGAAGACGUGUUCAAGUCAAAUAUAACUUUUACUGAUGUUCCAUUUAUUUAUGGAAUAAUUUGAUGUUUUGAUUUUCAACACGAUUAUCCAGUCAGAAAGCAGAAUGAGCCUCACACGAGUCUCUACUUUGGGUUGCAAGUUUGAACACUGAAAUCCAGUUGGUUUAAACCUAAAAUAACUUUCCCUCAUCUGAAGGGUCACAGCCUAAACCCCAGCACUUGCAGCCAAUGAGGAAUCAGUGCUAGUGCAGCUUCUGCAGCUCACUGACUGAAUUCUGGAGGUUUUGAGAUUUUCACAAGUGACGUGGCCUGUCCGUAUGCUGAGAAAAACAUGCAUGUGUACAUUAUCUGUAGGUUAAGACAAUGGCACUCCAGGUUUAAUUUUGAUUGUAGUACCCUUUAAACAGCAAGAGGGCAGGUUAUAUACAGUCCAGUGGGGUGCAAUUAAUAAAGGACACGUUUUUUGAGAUUCACUAUGGACUUUAAAUUGUGUUUUAGUUUAUGGUAAAUGGAGAACUGUUAUUCAUAAUGUUUGGUUUAAAAAAUAGUAAACGGUAACAAGAAUCUAACCAACCACUUUACAGCCAGUGAACAAUUAAUAUAGGAUCCCCAAACUAAAAUAUUUGCGUAUGGUUAUGUCGGACUAGUAUUGGAGACAUAUCUGGGACGGGUUAACAGCUGCAUUUCCUUCAUGAAGACUUUGACUGUACAAUGUCUGCCAUACCAGAGAGGAGGUGUUCUGUGGGUUUCAUAAUAACAUGGACGCUUGUGUACAGAAAUCUGCUUUUAUAAUGACUGCAUUUAUAGCAUGAUGUAUAGAGACAAUACUGACCUGCACUGAGCUUUUGGAAAACCGAUAUUGUUCUGUUGUACAUAUGUAUAAGAAUAAAAUGUUUCUUUGUUACAUUA